AUGCUAAGAGACUGUUUGGGAUGUGGGAUUAAUGAGAAGUGCCUACUAGCUGAAGCCCAACUGGACUUCAAUCAGACACUGCAGCUGGCAUUGUCAUUAGAAAAUGCAGUAAGUGGAGCACAGGGGCUGCAGGGCAUCCCAGUGGAAGUGGACACCCUCACCUGUCCAACUGAGCUUGGGAAAUACCACUUGAGUGUACACAAUCGCAGAGCCUCACUCAGGGUAUAUCCUGAGCAGAGGAACCCUGGGCCAGCCCACAGCAAAACCCCACAACAAAACCAAGCCUCAGCGGACCAAGGAUUACUCCAGGUUGCCAUUUAUCGGGAUGACGUACUAAUAACAGGGAAGACCCAUAAAGAGCAUGUGGAGAACUUGGACACGGUGCUUAAACAUUUCUUCCAGGGAUAUUUUUCAAGACGACCAAGUGUGGAUGUGGACACAUUGAGACCAUCUGCAGCAGCAUUUGUAAAUCCACAAGAGGAUGAAAGCCAAAGAGUUGCAGCAGAGAGCUCUGCACCAUCUUCAGCAGCUCAGAAAUAUUCGGCUGGAUCUCCUGACCAGGAAUGGUCAGAAUUGAACUCUUCAUCAAAGACAAGCUCAGAUCAAGAAAGCACUGCAGAUGCGAGUGGAGAUCUCAGCAGUGAAAACACAACUGAUGAAAUUUACAAUAAACAUGAGGAAACGAAACGUUCAGCAAAACGUCACACUCUGGACUGGUCAAAGUUGGAAGCUGACAAAGACCAAGAUGAAUCUAAAUUCACUAAACCUGCCUCAAACUCAAAGAAAUCUUCAAGGAAACAUUUCAGUCUGGAUUUAUUAAACUAUAAAUCUUCAUUGACAUCAAUUCAAAGUUCAGAGAGUGAACAGGACAGAGAUGAAGGAAGAAAAUCCCCCAGGUUCUCGCUUGCCUCUGAUGUUACCGGACUACAUUCCAAAACAAAGGCCACAGCUGAGGAAGGCCAGCACCAGGGGAGUUCCCAGCAGGAACAGGAACCUCCAACACAGCCCGAUUCUAGUCUGGACUCAGUGAAAAGGAAACUUCCUAAGACACAGCUUCCCAGAUCUGAGAGUGAGGCAGCACCUGAUCAAAAUGAAACAAUCUCCAAAUCUCCAGCCACAGCUGAUGAGGUCAACCGUGAAGAGACUGAGCAACAGGAAGGGGAUGGUUGGAAGGCACUGCUGGAGUCCGAUAGUAAUCCACAAAUAUCGGAAGCUGGAGCGUCUGGAAAAGUAUCUGAUACUUCGAGUGAUCAAGCUGCAACCAAGGUUCUUGGACAGGCUCCUGAGGGUGAAGACAUUUUUGAAAUGAUGGUUUCCUUGGCAUUGAAUGAACUGGAGAUGGAAGCAAGUGAUACUGAAGAGCAGAGACGCCAUUUGAAAACUGGUGACAGAUCGGCAGCCGCCUGCCUCCUUGUGAAAUGUGAAGGUCUGGGAAUCUGGGAGAGCCGCUGUGACAGCUCCCGUGAAAGGGUCAGUGUGGAAGGCAGGUGUGAGGUGGGAGAGCUUCUGGGAGGUUACCUGCAACCCAUUAACCUGCUGCCACCUUGA